CUUGCCUUCUUUUCCGAGGCCUUGUCCAGCUUUGUAACCCAUUUUCUGCAAAAGUGCAAAUCCCUUAUUCUGAUUGGUAAUGGAGCUCUGUAAAGCUGCUUCACGACUUUCCUUUUCUUGCUCUUUGUAGGUUUUUUGACGGUUUUUAAUGUUGUUGUCUUUGUGCUUUUCCUCCCUUUUUAUGGCUUCUUUUACUCGCCUUACCAUGGAGACACCUGGUUUGACAUCUUGUCUAUUACAGAGGGAAAGGGGUAUCAAAAUUAAAAUUGCAAAUUGAUACAAAAUAAUGUAUAAAAUGCAUGCCUGCUCAUACACAGUACUGCAUUUGCAUAUGAACAACAUAUGAAGAGUGCGUCCAAAGGAAAAUGUCCAUGUAUACAGUAUUAUAUAGUGCAUCAUUCUUUUUACCCGAGUAGUGUUCAUCAUACAUGUAUAUACUGCAUAAAUCACACAAUAUAUCAAAAUGCCCACACUAGAACAGCAACACUCAUCAGUUUCAAUACAAACACUUGCAGUAACAACGCUUACAUUUGACUGAGGAAAGCAUCGGACAUAUAAUCCUCUUCCUCGUCGGACAUUACGAAAAUAAAAGGAUUUUUUUCAACCCUGCGCUUUGCUGCCUUCUUGAAUUGUCGGUAGUGGUUCCGCUAAUGUUUGGUUCGUCGACAAUACAUUCCGACUCGCAAAAUAGUAAAUUUUAAUGUUCCUUCUCUUGUAAUGUGGUUAUCAGAAAAUAAGCAGAUAUGUGAUUUGUCGUAUUUUAACAUUAAUACGUAUAAGAUGUUUUUUUUACAGUUUAUUUUGUACAAGAGCCGUAUUCGGGAGAUUCGUUAGUUUCACAUCGGACAUUUGUUAAUGGGACACCACGUGACGUAUCCUCGUCAUAAUUCUCCUCAGGUUCUCUUCUCAGUCUCCCCUGGUCACAAAAUGAAUGACUUGGUUAUAGUGCAUAUUUCUCACGUUUUGUGACGCUGCUCAGUGAAACUAAGUGUGUUAAGCCCAAUUGUGUGUUAUUCGAGGGUAUAAUCCAUUGUGGGGGUGAGGAAGUUUAGCUUGUCAUCGUAAAGACUCGCUAGCUUAAGUUGCUAACUCGCUCGCCUAUCAAACAGCUGGGAGGAGCUGUCAACACAAAACAGGCGCGUCUGGCGGCUUAAAUAUAUACGAAAGUAGUCGCUAUGGAGCUGGCUCACAGCCUCCUGCUCAAUGAGGAAGCUUUAGCUCAGAUCACCGAAGCAAAGAGGCCUGUUUUCAUUUUCGAAUGGCUUCGUUUCUUGGAUAAAGUCCUUGUAGCAGCAAAUAAGGUGGAUGUAAAGGAGAAGCAGAAGAAGCUGGUGGAGCAGCUGACAGGACUGAUCAGCAGUGCUCCAGGUCCACCAACAAGAAAACUGCUUGCGAAAAACCUCGCCACACUAUACAGCAUUGGAGACACCUUCACUGUUUUCCAGACAUUGGAUAAAUGCAACGAUAUCAUCAAAAGCAAGGAUGACACACCUGCCUACUUGCCCACAAAACUUGCUGCAGUGGCAUGUGUCGGUGCUUUCUAUGAGAAGAUGGGCAGGAUGCUGGGAAGCUCCUUUCCAGACACUAUUAAUAAUCUUUUGAAGGCACUGAAGAGUGCAGAGUCCCAAGGCAGAGGAGAGAUACUCCUCAGUCUGCAGAAGGUGCUAAAUGGACUAGGUGGAGCUGCAGCUUCAUGCCACAGGGACAUCUACAAGAAUGCCCGCUCUUUACUCACAGACAGGUCCAUGGCUGUGCGUUGUGCAGUGGCAAAGUGUCUGUUGGAACUGCAGAACGAGGCAGUAUUCAUGUGGACCACAGAACUGGAGAACAUAGCCACACUGUGUUUCAAGGCUCUGGAAGGCUCCAACUAUGGUGUUCGGGUUGCUGUGGCCAAACUGCUCGGGACUGUCAUGGCCACAGCUCUGAUGCCCAAACAAGCUGCUGUUAUGCGUCAGAACGUGAAACGGGCCACACUUGAGGAAGUAUUGGAGUUAAUGGCCACAGGCUUUCUGCGUGGUGGAUCUGGUUUCUUGAAGAGCGGAGGGGAGAUGUUGAAAGGAGGGGCUUCAGUCAGCAGAGAAGUCCGGGUGGGCGUCACACAGGCUUAUGUCGUAUUUGUGACUACGCUCGGUGGUCAGUGGCUGGAGCGCAACUUUGCCACCUUCCUCUCCCAUGUUUUGGACCUCGUGUCUCACCCACGGGCCACCCAGACACAUGUGGAAGCUGUGUACUCGAGGCGCUGUGUCUCCUUCAUGCUACGUGCCACCCUGGGCGGCUUACUCGGCGAGAAGGCGCAGAUUGCAGCUGGCAAAGAAAUCUGCCAAGCCAUCAGCAAGCAAAUGAGGGCUGUGGAAGCAGUUGUGAAUGACCUCAAUGGAGAGAACAAGACCGGGGCAGCUGAUGUAGCGGCUAGCCAGCACGUUAUGGUGUGUGCUUUGAAAGAGUUAGGCAGCCUUGUUCAGAGUCUGAGCGCCACAGCUUCACCUCUCAUCCAGGAGCCUUCCAUAGGACUUCUUGAAACCGUGACCUCAGUGCUGCUGCAUCCCAGCAUGGCAGCUCGUUUGGCUGCAGCUUGGUGCCUGCGCUGUGUUGCCGUGGCACUACCUUAUCAGUUAACUCCGCUGUUGGACCGCUGUGCCGAGAGAAUUAACAAUCUCAAGAGUUCACCCGAGGCUGUGAGCGGAUACAGCUUUGCAAUGGCGGCUCUUCUUGGAGGCGUACACCAGUGCCCUCUGGGAAUCCCGCACUCUAAGGGCAAGUUGGUGGUGAGUAUAGCUGAAGACCUCCUGCGGACAGCGGCUCAGAAUAGCCGACUCUCCUUGCAGCGCACACAGGCUGGAUGGCUGCUGCUCGGUGCCCUCAUGACCUUAGGUCCUUCCUUGGUGCGUUAUCACCUUCCCAAAAUGCUCUUAUUGUGGAGAAACGUCUUCCCUCGCUCCCAGAAGGAGUUGGAGGCAGAAAAAGCUCGAGGAGACUCCUUUACCUGGCAGGUGACCCUGGAAGGCCGAGCUGGAGCACUCUGUGCCAUGCGUAGUUUUGUGGCCCACUGUCCCGAGCUGCUUACAGAAGAUGUCAUUCGGAGACUGAUGACCCCCAUUGAAUGUGCUAUGACUAUGAUAUCUCAUGUCCCUGCCAUUAUUAAAGUCCAUGGUGCACAUCUGAAAGCAAGUGCAGCCAUGGUGAGACUCAGGCUGUACGACAUUUUGGCUCUAUUACCUCCUAAAACAUAUGAAGGAAUCUUCAAUGCCCUCCUCAGGGAGCUGGUGGCAGAAUUCACUUUGACCGACAACCCGUCCAACACCACCACCUCUUUGCUGCGCUCUCUCUGUCACUAUGAUGACAGUGUGCUCAUGGGCUCCUGGUUGCAGGAAACUGACCACAAGUCCAUAGAGGAUCAGCUGCAGCCUAACAGUGCAUCUGGCAGCGGGGCUCUGGAGCAUGAUCCUUCCUCCAUUUACUUGCGAGUGCCGGUUGGUGAAGCCAUUCCAGGGCCGCUUCCUUUGGGAGUGUCGGUCAUUGAUGCCUCUGUGGCUCUGUUUGGUGUAGUAUUCCCCCAUGUGUCUUUCAAGCACAGGUUGCAGAUGCUAGACCACUUUGCAGAAUGUAUCAAGCAGGCUAAAGGUGUUCGUCAGCAGUCUGUCCAAUUGAACAUCUUCACUGCAGUGCUGAGUGCUCUCAAGGGUUUGGCUGAGAACAAGAGUAGUUUGGGCCCAGAGGAGGUCCGCAAGUCAGCCCUGGCACUGGUCAUGGGGGCCCUGGACAAUCCCAAUCCCAUCCUGCGCUGCGCUGCUGGUGAGGCCCUCGGCAGAAUGGCUCAAGUGGUGGGGGAGGCUACUUUCAUUGCCAGAAUGGCACAGACCAGCUUUGACAAACUAAAGUCAGCCCGUGAUGUGGUGUCAAGGACAGGUCAUUCACUGGCUCUCGGCUGUCUGCAUCGAUAUGUUGGAGGGAUUGGCUCUGGCCAGCACUUAAAGACCAGUGUUAGCAUCCUACUGGCGUUGGCUCAAGAUGGAUCUUCUCAUGAGGUCCAGACAUGGGCUCUGCAUUCUUUGGCUCUCAUUGUGGACUCAAGUGGUCCCAUGUACAGAGGCUACGUGGAGCCCACCUUGUCCCUGGUCCUUACCCUGCUUCUCACAGUGCCCCCAUCGCACACAGAGGUGCAUCAGUGUUUGGGUCGUUGCUUGGGUGCUCUCAUAACUACCGUCGGACCAGAAUUACAAGGAAAUGGUGCCACCAUCUCCACCAUCCGCUCGUCCUGCCUGGUUGGCUGUGCCAUAAUGCAGGAUCACUCCGACUCGCUGGUCCAAGCAGCUGCCAUCUCAUGUCUACAGCAGUUACACAUGUUUGCUCCUCGUCACGUCAACCUCUCCAGCCUGGUGCCGUGUCUUUGUGUGCACCUAUGCAGCUCUCACCUGUUGCUGCGUCGUGCUGCUGUAGCUUGCUUGAGACAGCUUGCUCAGAGAGAGGCUUCCGAGGUGUGUGAGUAUGCCAUGAGCCUGGCAAAGAAGGCAGGGGAUGGUAAAGACAUAGCAAUAUAUCUGAACAUCACUGAGACGGGUCUGGAGGGGGCUCUAUUUGGUAUGCUGGAUCACGAAACCGACAGGAAGCUGUGCUCUGAUAUUCAUGACACACUGGGCCACAUGCUGUCAUCGCUUGCUGUGGAAAAGCUUUCGCAUUGGCUUAAGCUCUGCAAGGAUGUCCUUGCAGCAACAACAGAUGUAGGAGGACCCGUUGCAUUUGAGGUGGAAAAAGAUGAAGAAGACUCUGAGAAAAAAGACGAGAUGGACGAUGACAUCAUGUUCACAGGUCUUGGCGAAGAUGAAAAGUCCAAGCCUUCAGUGGCUCCUCGUUGGGUGACGCGAGUGUUUGCUGCGGACUGCUUGUGCCGCAUCAUCCUUCUGUGUGAGAAUGCGGACAAAGCACACUUUGACCUGGCAGCGGCCCGUUCUGCCAAAACUAAGAACCCUAAAGGAGAUCUACUGGUGCUCCAUUUGUCUGAUCUCAUACGAAUGGCCUUCAUGGCUGCCACAGACCACAGUAACCAGUUGAGGAUGGCUGGUCUGCAGGCCCUGGAAGACAUUAUUAAAAAGUUUGCCUCUGUUCCCGAGCCCGAGUUUCCAGGGCACGUUAUCUUGGAACAGUACCAGGCCAAUGUUGGAGCUGCUCUCAGACCUGCUUUUUCGCCUGAUACUCCAUCUGAUAUAACAGCUAAAGCAUGCCAGGUGUGUAGCACUUGGAUUGGCAGUGGUGUCGUAAGUGACCUCAACGACCUGCGGCGAGUCCACAAUCUGCUUGUGUCAUCACUGGACAAGGUGCAAGCUGGGAAAGGUUCAUCCAGUCAGCUAUAUAGUGAGAGCGCCACCACGAUGGAGAAACUGGCUGUGCUGAAAGCAUGGGCAGAGGUUUAUGUGGUGGCAAUGAAGAUAAAGAAAGAGGCAGAGGCCAAGCCUGACAAAGCAGUCCGAAGUGGAGAUGAGGAAGAGGAUGAUCUGGGUGCAGAUGUUCUUCCACCUGACAGUCUCAUCACUUUAGUGCAGCCUGAGCUGCCCUCGCUGAGUCGGCUGUGGUUGGCCAUGCUCCGUGACUACGCUCUGCUCACUCUCCCUGCUGAGUUUUCCAGUCAGCUGCCUCCUGAUGGUGGAGCGUUUUAUACUCCCGAGACGAUAGACACAGCAAGGCUCCAUUACCGCAGCUCAUGGGCUCCUGUCCUGCAUGCUGUGGCUUUGUGGUUGAGCAGCACUGGUUUUGGAGCUUGUGAGGAAAAAGAGGCUCCUGCCCUCAACACAGGAGCUUCAUCUAGCGCCAAGACCUUUGAGGAGUCUGUCAAAGACAGGAUGCAUCUAAUGUUAGGUGUCAGUAUAGAGUUCCUUUGCUUCCCCAGACCCGAGGAACCCAUUGAGCAUGUCAUGUCCUGCCUCCAGGCCUUAUCCACUCUGCUAGAGUCUCCCUGUGCGAAGACACAUAUCGCAGAGGACCAGCUCUUAGCAGUGGAGCUCCUGAAUGUACUUCACAGACUGUUGUUGACCCGGGACCCUCCUACUGUCCAGCUCCAAGUUACUGCUGUCGUACAGGAGACCAUAAGAGCUGCACUAGACCAUCUGCAGCAACAAAAGAUCAACAAAGGCAAAGAGGAGGAAGGCCAGAUUGAUUCUCAAUCCAUCCUCGGGGAAGGAGGACAGACAGGCGAGCUCGUCCCAGGCAGCUCUUUGGUGUUUGCAGCAAUGGAGCUGCUGGUUUUUAUCCUGGUUCGUCACUUACCACAGCUCAAUACACGUGUGAAAGAUUCACCGAGCCAUGUGCCGAUGAGGCCUCAGCGACUACCUGAGGAGGGCGCACGCCUUGUGGCAAACACGGUUUCCAUUCUGGCCGAACUGCCCUCGCUCUGCUCUCCUGCUGGAAGCAUGACCAUUCUACCUACAGUGCUCUUCCUAAUUACCGGGGUGCUGAGGGAAACUGCUGUCAAGACUGCUGACAACUCGGUACCUACGUCUGUGUCUGCUGCGCUGCAGGGCAUCAAGACCAUCAUCACCUCCCCGCUGGCUCAUGUGGAUAGCCUGCAGACGCAGUGGACCGCCCUUGUGAGAAGCAGCCUGGCCUCUGUACUUGAGGAUUCUCAGCCAGAUGAGUCCAGACCUGACUUGGAUGAGAUCAGCAUGUUGACGGCAAUUACACUAUUCCUGCUGUCUGCCAGUAAUGAACUUGUAGGGGUGACUGUCCUGCAGAAGGGCUGCAUGGAGCGUUUCCGUAAUGCCCUCAACUCCAGUGAUCCUUGGGUUCAGGCACGGUGUUACCAGUUGCUGCUGUCAGUGUUUCAGCAUUCCAGCCGUCCCCUUUCCACCCCGUACAUUCACACUCUUGCUCCCCUCAUGGUGGAGAAACUGAAGGCAGUGGAGUGCAGUCGGCCAAAAACUACUGCAGAGCUGCAGGCUGUGCAGGAGGGCAUCAAGGUUCUAGAGAAUCUGGUCGGUAUGGGUGAGGAGCAGAACCGUGUGCAGUUAGUGGCUCUCCUUGUUCCAACUCUCAUCUCCUACCUUUUGGAUGAAAAUGCCAUUCCCUCUGCCUCCCAAGCCUCCAAAGGCUUGCAUGACUUUGCCCUUCAGAACUUAAUGCGUAUCGGCCCUCUAUAUCCAGCUGCCUUCAAGAUGGUAAUUGGUGCUGCACCAGAGCUUAAAACCCGUCUGGAAUCUGCUGUUCGGGCGAACCAGGCCAGCAGCAAAGCCAAAGAUGCAGCACGGCAAGCUCAGCCAACAAUCCAAGCUGCACCAACCAUCAAACUCAAGACAAGCUUCUUCUAAAACCUUCAAAUGCUCUUUGCACUCUGACCGACUGCAUUAAUGUCUCUUUUAAGUUUGCUUUGAUUUAUGUCCACAAGUACCAAUUUAACCAUAAACACAGAAUGUCUGUAACAAGUA